CGACUGACUCUCCCCUCCAGCAACACCACGCCAACACCGCCACAAUGGCUGCUACGUCCCGCGCAGCGAUGAAGCUCGACUGGAGCAAAGUCGGCACCCAACUCGGCCUCCGAGGCAGCACAGCAACCGCGCUCGCCAACUUCAAGAAACGCAACGACGAGGCCCGGCGCCGAGUGCAGGUCCUCUCUGAGCACCCCACAACCGUCGACUUCGGCCACUACCGCAGCGUGCUCAAGAACACGGCCGUCAUCGACGAGAUCGAGCAGUAUUUUAAGACGUUCCAGCCCAAGACGUACGACGUCAACAAGCAGAUCAAGGCCAUCGAGAGCUUCGAGCAGGUCGCGAUCAAGAAUGCCGAGGAGACAAAGUCCAAGGUCGAAGUCGAGUUGAAGAGCUUGGAGAAGGCCCUGAACGACAUCGAGGGUGCGAGACCGUGGGAUGAACUUACCGUUGACGAGGUCACAGCUGCGGCGCCAGAAAUUGACGAGUACACGGCACGGCUGGUUAAGAAGGGACGAUGGAUGCCUCCUGGGUACUUGGAGAGAUUCCCCAACUUGUCGAUGCUGUAAGUGGCGGUUUAAAGAGAAAGACGGGGCGAUUCGUGGGGCUUUUCAAACUGCAGAAAAUCGUCCUCUUUCCACAUGGGGAUUUGUGUAUAGUGGUUUAGAUCAAUCAAGAAUCAUUCAGACUA